CCGGUGUCGUACAUUCUGCAGACUCACCAUGGCGCUGAAAGAGACUGCGGGACUGUACGAGACGCUGAGGGCAGAAUGGAAUAAGAAAAAUCCCAGUUUAAAUAAAUGCGGGGAUCUUUUGACAAAACUGAAGAUUUCUCUAUUAGAAUUAAACUUUUUGCCCACGACGGGCGUGAAGCUCACAAAACAGCAGCUAAUUCUUGCCCGCGAUGUACUGGAAAUCGGCGCUCUGUGGAGUAUCCUCAAGAAGGACAUCCCCUCCUUCGAGAGAUACAUGGCCCAACUAAAAUGCUACUAUUUUGACUAUAAGGAUGAACUGCCCGAGGCAGCGUACAUGCACCAGCUCCUGGGCCUUAACCUGCUCUUCCUGCUGUCCCAGAACCGAGUGUCAGAGUUCCACACAGAGCUGGAGAGGCUAAGUGCAAAGGACAUCCAGACCAACGUGUACAUCAGGCACCCUGUUUCCCUGGAGCAGUACCUGAUGGAAGGAAGCUACAACAAGGUGUUCCUUGCCAAAGGUAACAUUCCUGCAGAGAGCUACACCUUCUUCAUAGAUAUUCUACUUGACACUAUCCGGGAUGAGAUCGCUGGGUGCAUAGAGAAGGCCUACGAGCAGAUUCAGUUUGCUGAAGCAACCCGUGUGCUGUUCUUCAGCUCCCCAAAGAAGAUGACAGAAUAUGCCAAGAAGCGCGGCUGGACCCAGAGUGCCGACGGCUACUACUCCUUCAGCACCCAGCAGCAGCGGACGGAGGAGGUCACCAUCCCGUCCACGGAGCUGGCGCAGCAGGUCAUCGAGUACGCACGGCAGCUGGAGAUGAUCGUGUAAUCAGCCAUCCUUGGCCCACCUAACCCCCAUCCCACUCCCUCCUCCAAUGCCUACAAACACAGCUGACAUAUAUACCCACACACACACACAACGGGUCCACAUGCAGUCUUCUCCCCCCUCCAAAAGCUACAACUCACCUAUGGCAGGUUGGCCUGGACAUCGGCCACCACCUGCGUUUUCUCCUGGAGAUUGAGUAUGUUUUUGUACCUUCUGGAGCGGUAAACCUUUGAAUUUAUCCAGUUUUAUUUUUUUUGUUGUAUACCCCUUCGUUUCAUUAUCAUUUUUUUUAUAAAAACGUCAAACUCAAUGGGAUCUCCUUUUGGUUUUGACCUCUUGUUGCACACACAGACAUUACAUAUUCAAAAAAUAUAUUAUUUGACUUUGCCUUUUUUAAGUGUCAUUGAAAGUCAUUAGUAAAGCGCAAGCUUUUUACUUACAGAAAAUAAAACAAUUUUUUGUAUACAAAGUCCCCCCCCCCCCCCCCCUCGGCUUGGUAGUGCUUACAGAUCUGUAUUGCUCUUGCUUUGUAGCCUAGCAACAGACCGAAAAAUGGCCAUUGAAGUUUGAGAGCCUUUUCUAAAUGGUAAUUAUGUUCUCCCCCUAACCUAGUUAUAACAUGAUCGAAGAGGAAAUGCAAAAAUUUGUGUGAAAUACUUCAAAAAAUAAAAAGAAUGUUUUG